AUGCAUCUUCGUUUUACUACACCCGAUACCGGUUGUGGCGCAAUGUUGGACGACCAGCUCCCAAGCUCUUGUUGGUUAUGGUGGCACACUGUGCUCUAUGACCAACGCAACCCAACCGAUUGGCUUGAGGCAUCCCAAUUGGAUCAGAACUGUAUCGCUCCCGAGGGCAGGAGGUCACUACGCCAUAGAAGAUGUUUGAGACGUCAAUAA